CAGGACAUGAAGGCAGCAGCAGCCUCUGCGCUCCGGAGCACACUUCUUCCUCCCAAAGACCCGAGAAGCUUCACGGAGCAGCCAUUUUGAUUUCUAACCUCAACGGCGGGGAGAAGCUUGUCUGGAAAAGGCGUGAAUCCUGUGCAGACUGAUGUGGGACCAGGGAGGACAGCCCUGGCCGCAGUGGCCUCUGAGCCAGCAACAGUGGAUGCAGUCUUUUCAGCACCAGCAAGAUCCAGGUCAAGUGGACUGGGCUGCCCUGGCACAGGCAUGGAUAGCACAGAAAGAAUCGACAGGAGCAGACCAGCAGAAUCUCCAGCCCAAUGGGCAGGAGAUCCCUGGACUUGAACCUGUUGGACAGAGCAACCAUGGAGCCUUCCAGGGUGACCCAUCUUUUGGCAGAAUGUGGCAACCGGAAUGGGGAUUGCAUGGCCAGCCCCCUCCUCCUCCUCCCCCUGAUCAGGCUUGGAUACCUCCUGGGUCAGGACCGAUGGACGUGGUGAACCCUAGCGAGGACAGCAACAGCCAGGACAGCUUGGAGUUCAACUCUGAAGCCCACCACGGGGUUUACCCCCAGAACAGCCAUGGGUAUGGGGCACAGCCCGACAGCUACGCCAUGGCCCCCAUGGCCAUGAACCAGUUUGAUUAUCAGCAUGGAGCUGCUUCGUCCUACGGCCCCACACCCACAGGCUUCCACCCCCCAUACUGGCAGGGCCCUCCCCAGAACAGACGGGACAACAGACCCCCCGGGUUCAGAGACCGACCCCGGUCCCCCAUACAGCUCCCUGUCAAACAGGAGGCCCCAGCAGCUCUAGAUGCUGUGAAAAGGCGCACACUGCCUGCAUGGAUUCGAGAGGGCCUCGAAAAAAUGGAUAGAGAAAAGCAGAAGAAGCUGGAACGAGAACGAAUGGAGAAAGAGCGGGCUGAAAUGGCAAAAGAUGAAGGCAAAGUGGAUGAAGCGGAUGAGGGAGGUGAUGGGCCUCGUAUUCCACGCAAGAGUAAAUUUGACAGUGAUGAUGAAGAGAAUGAAGACGAGAAUGAUGAGAAGCCCUCCAUGAGGACAGAAUUUGCUGUCCGGAGCCCAUCACCUCCUGCCGAGGACAGUGAACCUGAAAUGACUGAGGAAGAAAGGGAGUUCCAGCUGAUGGUCAUUACAAAAACGCUGCUGACAGAAAUCCUCCUUGAGGUCACUAACGAAGAGAUCCAGCAUGUGGCCAAAGAGACUCACCGUAAAGCCACCAAAGCUCCUGCAAAACAGCUGGCACAGUCAAGUGCACUGGCUUCUCUGACUGGUCUCAGUGGGCUUGGCGACUAUGGUUCAGAUGAGAGUGAGGACGAGGACGAGCGCAGUGUCCGAGGGUCUGAAUCCUCCGAUACAGAUGAGGAGGAGUUGCGCCACCGCAUCCGGGAGAAGCAGGAUGCCUUCCGCCGCAAAGAGCGGGAGAUGCAGCAGAUACAAGAGAGACAGGCUCAAGAGGCUUUGCUCGCACGUGAAGAAAUGAUGGAGAGAUUAAGCAGAGAAAGGGGGGAUUAUGAUGAGGGUCAGUCAGAGAAUUCACACAAACAGGAAGUAAGAGAGAGGGAGGCGGAGCCCCCAGUAGAGAGGCGUAGGUCCCAUAGUGAGAAGGAUGGCAGUGAGGGCAGGCACUCGGGCCGAGGGAAGGAGCGAUCAGGGCGAGGCGGCAGUGAUUCUCCAGCCAAUGGCCACAGCAGCAGCUCCCGCUCCACCUCCAGUCACAGUAGCAGCCGUUCCUCUUCCUCGUCCUCUUCAUCCACAGCCUCCUCACGCAGUUCUUCACGGUCUUCUUCCCCUCGAAGGAAAAGGAGGCGCAGCCGCUCUUCUUCUCAUAAGGCUCGCCGGCGCAGCCGCAGCCACAGCUCCCACAGGCGUCACAGUGAUCGUGGUGAGAAGGGCAGGGACAGACGAAGGAACAGCACAGAGCGAUCUGGCCGCCACAAGAGCGACCGUAGCCCUUCCAGAGAGCGCAGGAGCCGCAGGAGUAGAUCCAGAUCCCGAGAGAGAGACAGGGACAGAGCCAGGGCUAGAGACAGCCGUAGUCGCAGCAGAGACAGAGACAGAGACAGAGACAGAGACAGAGAGCGGGACAAGGACAAAGAGAGAAAGAGGAGCAGGGAGCGCAGGGACAGCAGCCAUAGCCAUAGUAGCAAACACAAGCAGAAGGCCUCCAGUAAGGACAGGGAGAAGAGGAGGGAAAGGAGCCGCAGCCAUGACAAAGACAAGAAAAAGAAGGAUAAAGACAAGGAGAAGGAGUUAGAUAAAAAGAGAGAGAAGCCAAAGACUAAAGAGAAAGACAGAGAGAAAGAAAAGGAGAAAAGCAGCUCUGUAUUUGCCGAGGAGAAUGGCAAAUCGAAGAAAAGGAAAGAGAGCGACUCUCACACGGACUCUCAGAGUGACAAGCACUCCCGGCAGGAUAGCAAAGCCAGCAAAAAGGGCUCCGCCAAAGCUAGCAAGAGGCGCUCAGACUCUGAUUCCAGUAGGUCCCCCACCCCUGAAGUUAGCAAGGAAAAGAAAUCUAAGAAAUCCAAACGUAGCCGUUCAAGGUCGGUGGAAAAAUCUCACAAGUCUGGUAAGAAGGCAAGCCGCAAACACAAGUCUAAGUCACGAUCAAGGUCAGCAUCACCCUCCCGUCGUAGCAGGCGCUGAGGAGCACAGUUUGAUUCCUGAUCUGUGCGCUUAACCUUUUUAAAUUCCAUGAGUUGAACAGGCUUGUCUCAUUAUAGAGGCAGUUGUGUAGGUGAACUCCCCCCAAUUCCUUCCCCAUACAUUUAUUGCAUCUGUGUAAAUAUGUGUUUUUAAUGUGCGACUGAAGAACAGGACAUUUUGAAUGCUAGGAAUUUUUGAUUUUUGCUUGUAUCAUUACGCAAAGAUAAAGACUUUGUGGACACUAAAAACUGAAGUUGUAUUAUUUUAAAAACUUAACAGGAUUAACUUUUUUUUUUUUUUUUUCCAAAUACUACUGUAAGUUGUCCAAUAAAUCUGUUUGUCCCUUG